AUGAUUCAUCCAGUUGUACUUGUGGCAGCCCAUAGAUUAGAACAAGUUUAUGGGAUCCCUUCUUGUACAUCCAAUGCUUUCUCGACCAAUCUCCACCAAAUUUCAGCCUCCAAAUGUCUCAAGGUCUUUGACUUGAUCCAAUUUGUGCCCAUACUACAGGUGGUCGCUUUAAAUGCUGGGAAUGUGCUGGGAGCAGAGAAUAGAAGGCCAAUCCAAAAGUGGGAGACAAUCAUUCGCAGGGCUUUGAACAAGACAUUGGAAACUGAAACCAACCCAAAAAGCUAUAGUGCCCCGGCCUCUCCGGUGUUAGGGACGUCUUCUGUCGCUGAUAUGCUUGCUGAUGUAGUUGAUGCUCCUGCAUUAGAGAUGAUGGGUGAGGAAUCCCUAGGCACCACUAAUGUGGGUGACAGUGGGAUGAUUGGCGUGUGGGAGAACCUCCAGUUAAAUAGAACAUAUGACAUUGAAACUGACAGUAGAUUGGUCUGGCCUGAACGCUCAUUGGACAAAACACCUCAAGUUCUUUCUUCUCAUUUGAAAUUGCGGAGAGUAUUGAGUAGUUCGGCAAGAGUUGGUUCUGACUGGAUGGAGCAUCCUGUUUCUUUUUGUCAGAAUAUUGCAUUCUAUGGUGGUGGGUUGAAAAGAGUGCAUCAUAGCUCUGGAAACUUAGGCUUAAUGGAUCAGCAAGAUGGGCCUGACGGUCUUGAUAGUCUCCCUGAUGUCUCUGCUCAAUUUUCCAAUGAGGAAGAUGACUCUUUUCCAGAAAUAUCAGAGGCGAAAGAUAAGAUUGUCAUUUCAAAAAAUGGAGCGAAGUCUCGCCCCAGCUAUGUGAGAAUCGUCAGUAAGCAGAUGGUAGGAAUAUAUGUAUCAGUUUGGGUCCAUAGGAAGCUGAGGAGACAUAUAAACAACUUGAAAGUGUCUCCUGUUGGAGUUGGGCUUAUGGGAUACAUGGGCAACAAGGGAUCUGUUUCUGUCAGCAUGUCUGUAUAUCAAACACGCCUAUGCUUUGUUUGUUCUCAUUUGACCUCUGGUCAAAAGGAUGGGGAUGAACAGAGGCGUAAUUGUGAUGUGUACGAGAUCUUGAGACGUACUCGUUUCUCAGCUGUCAUUGGAAAUCAUCAACCUCAGACAAUCCCGUCUCAUGAUCAGACAUUCUGGUUUGGGGAUUUGAAUUAUCGUAUCAAUAUGUUGGACACAGAGGUAAGGAAGCUUGUUGCUGAGAAGCAGUGGGAUGAACUUCUCAACAGCGAUCAGCUAAACAAAGCUCUCCGAAGUGGGCAUGUGUUUGAUGGAUGGAAGGAGGGGGUCAUAGACUUUGCACCCACUUACAAAUACGAAAUCAACUCUGACAGAUAUGUUGGUGAAAACCUGAAAGAAGGAGAGAAGAAGAGAUCCCCAGCAUGGUGUGAUCGUAUACUGUGGGUUGGAAAAGGCAUAAAACAGCUUUCUUACAAGCGAGCAGAAAUAAAGCUCUCAGAUCAUCGGCCCGUCAGUUCAGUGUUCUUAGUUGAAGUUGAAGUCUUUGACCAUGGAAAGCUCCAAAGGGCUCUUAAUUUCACUAGUGCAGCAGUACCAAACUAAACCUUACGUCCCAAUCAUACUUUGGGGUCGGCUACUA